UGUUUCCACGAGCGGCGGGCGGUGCAAAGUGCAACCUGAGCAAUUCUCCGGAGGACGCAGCAGGCAGGCAAGCAGCUCGUGGAUGCUGCGGAUUGCAGCUGUCCGAUGCCAAUGCAGUGACAGCUCAUUUUCUGUAACUGCGGAAGAGGAGUUUCUUUUGGUUGAAUUCUCUUUUGAACAAUAAGAAACAAAGCGCGCAUCGAUGGUGAGAAGUGAGAAAACGACGCACUUGACACCAGGAACAGACAAAAGGACCUGCUGUGUGUUUGAUGCUUCAUUUGCAUACCAGCGCCUGAUCAUGUUGUGAUUAUUUUAAAUCUUGGAGGAUAUGGGACGAAUCGAUGGGGAGUUGCUCAUUUAAUAAUUUGGAGGCAGUUGUCACUUGGGAUUAAUACCAGAGGCCUUGUUUGUUUGCUAUUGACCAGCUGGGGCGAAAACGUCACCCAAUCCGAUGCUCUUGUAAACAAAGCCAGUCACCGUUGCUUCUGCCGGUAGAUGCUCUUUUCUCUCACCUUCUUCCUGUGGAGGCUCUUCAGACAUUUGUCUGUCAUGUUUAGCUCAGACCGCCUGACGGUGCCCGAAUAUGUCAGCCGACUCCAACGAGGAAGGAGCGGCUCCGGGGCCGAACAGCAGAGACCGGUGUCUCCAGGGAUCCACGCUGACGUGCAAGCGGCUCUGGACGUCUCUCUCCCCGCGUUGCGCACCGCUAUCCAGCGGCUCAAACGCGCCAAGGAAACGUCUGAUUCUGACGAGACGCGCGGAGCCAUCGCGGAGAUCUAUCAGCUGGUGGAGGAGGCCUGGGUUCUACCUGCCGUCGGACGUCAGGUGGCCGAAGAGAUCUGCAACAGGAUCCGGCUGGAUGGAGGCCUGGAGCUCCUGCUGCAACUCCAGCAGACACCUGCUGUGGAGAUCACAUAUGAGUCGGCCAAAUUACUGGAGCAGAUACUGGUCUCAGACAACAGAGAUUACGUAGCUCGUCUGGGAUUGGGGGUCAUCCUCAACCUAACCCGGCAGCAAGAGGACGCCCAGCUGGCUCGCAGCGUGUCGGGAAUCUUGGAGCACAUGUUCAAACACACCGAGGAGACGUCGGUGCACCUCAUCACCAACGGCGCCUUGGAUGCUCUGCUCUACUGGUGCAGAGGCACGGACCCCACCGUGCUGCGUCACUGCGCUGUGGCCUUGGCCAACUGCGCCAUGUACGGAGGCCACCGCUGCCAGAGAUGGAUGAUCGAGAAGCAGGCUGCUGAAUGGCUCUUCCCUCUUGCCUUCUCCAAAGAGGACGAACUCAUCCGCUUCCACGCGUGCCUAGCCGUCACCGUCUUGGCGGCCAACAAAGAAAUCGAGAAGGAGGUGGUGAAAUCCGGCACGCUGGAGCUGGUGGAGCCCUUCAUCGCAUCUCUGGAUCCCGAUGAUUUUGCGCGAAGUUUGUCGGACAGCGCCGACUGCAUGCAAGGGAAGACGGCGUCCGACCUGCAGCACCUCUUGCCGUUGCUGGAUGGAACGAGACUGGAGGGAAAGUGCAUCGCGGCCUUCUACCUUUGCGUUGAGACCAGCAUCAAGUCCCGUCAACGCAACACCAAGAUUUUCCAAGAGAUUGGAGCAGUGCAGAGCCUUAAAAGAAUAGUCAUGUAUUCCAGCAAUGGCACGGCCUGCUCCUUAGCCAAGCGGGCCUUAAGAAUGAUGGGCGAUGAAGUGCCCAAGCGCAUCCCGUCCUCUGUGCCCAAUUGGAAGACCUGCGAGGUGCAGACUUGGUUGCAGCAGGUCGGCUUCAGCGCAUACUGCGACCGCUUCCAGGAGCUCCAGGUGGAUGGAGAUCUCCUUCUGAACAUCACAGAGCAAGAGCUGAGCACAGACUUGGGCAUGACUGCUGGCCUCUGUCGCAAGAGGUUCCUAAGAGACCUGCGCGUGCUAAAGACCUACGCCAACUAUGCUACAUGCGACCCUCACAAUAUGGCUGACUGGCUGACGGAAGCGGACCCUCGUUAUCGCCAGUACACGUACGGCUUCGUCCAGUCAGGAGUGGACCGCGACAACAUCCAAAGCCUGACGGAUCAGCAGCUUCUGCAUGACUGCCACGUACUCAACGGAGUCCACCGAGCCAAGAUCCUGGCGGUCAGUCGAAAACCGCUGAAACCAUGCAGCACAGAUGCCCAGCCUGCGGGACCCGAUGUGUUCAUCAGCUAUCGUCGGACCACCGGAUCACAACUCGCCAGUCUUCUAAAGGUGCACCUGCAGGUUCGAGGAUUCAGCGUCUUCAUAGAUGUGGAGAAGCUAGAAGCCGGAAAAUUUGAGGACAAACUUAUUCAGAGUGUCCAGCGGGCUCGAAACUUCAUCCUGGUCCUGUCUGCCAACGCUCUGGACAAGUGCAUGGGAGACACGGCUAUGAAAGACUGGGUGCAUAAGGAAAUAGUCACCGCUUUGGGUGGAAAGAAGAACAUUGUCCCAGUCACGGAUUACUUUGUAUGGCCUGAUCCCAUGUCUCUGCCAGAGGACAUGAGAUCUAUUCUCAACUUCAACGGCGUCAAGUGGUCGCAUGAGUAUCAGGAGGCCUCGAUUGAGAAGAUCCUCCGCUUUCUAAAGGGAAACCAAGAUCUUCUAGAUAGUUCCAAAGAGCAGAAAAAGAAAUGAACACAUUUAUUCUAGAAUCACCUUUAACGUAUGCCAAAAUCGCAAACAAUAACAUGAGGUCUUUAUGAUUUGUGCAUAAAAAACUGUGAUUCCCUUAUUCUUAAUAAUGUGUCAUCAAGUACAGUCAGUGUAUGCCUCUUUUUGACUCAGGAACAAAAACAAAAGGAUUAACACUCACGUCAUUCAGAUUACUGAGUCAUAGCAUUUUUUGUUAUGAUUACCCUCAAAUGAAAUUAUUUACAUUGUAUCACAAAUUUGCCUUUGAAAUUGGAACAUGCAAUAGAAUAUAGCAUAAACCAUAAAACUAGCUGUUUAUAUUUGUGUUCCCAUUGUCCGCACCAUUAAAUAUAUCUGUUAAGUAAAUAUUGGUCAGCCAAGCAAGAUGUAUUGCUAUUCCUACUUGUGUAUUUAAUGUGAGCAACUAUAAUGUACAUGCAUCAACAGAUAACAAACGCACUGGCCUAAAGAUCUGUUGACGCCCACAAUUGCCAUCUACUAUACAAUGAUGCAGUGAGGUCAGCUUUAAUACUUGUCGGACGCCAUCAUUUAGUCAAUAAAACAACAACAGCUCCACAUUUUGUUCAGCAUUGUGCAUUUUAAAAGAAUUUUCUCAUACUAAAUGCUUUUUGAUUCUGAAAAACUCCGUCCAAUGAAAAACAUGCACCUUCCAAAUUGUGUGGGUUUGUCGGUUUCACUCAAUUUUAAAAACCACAAAAUAACUAGAUUGUGAAAAGCAAUUACAGUUUGGCAAUGCAUGCUUUUAAAUAUAUAGUAAAUAAAGGAAGUUACUACAGUACUUCAGUUUACAGUAGUAAAUUCUGCCAGAAAGAUGACCAUAGUAAAAUUUUGACUUUUAUUUUGCAUUCAAAUUAUAUAAUGAAUCCAAUGCAUCUUAAAAACAUUUUUAUUUCUGAAAUAUUACAAGUGUCCUUCCAGUAGAAAACACACAGCUCAAUCCCAACAAGCCAAUAUGCUGUUUGACCUCUGCUCUUCCCGUUGUGCAUUUUAAAGCUGAUUUGUUAGCUCACAGUGCAACCCGGACGGCUCCAUGUUGUGUGUGCCUGUGUGCUGAGGGACUAUCCGGUGUUGCUUUGCUUCAAGUUCUAACUCAGUAAUCCCCAACUGGUUACAUGAUUCCCAUUUUUCUGCACGCAGUCUAAAUUGUUGGUUCCCUUCUGUUAAAGAAAUUUAAAAAAAAACACACACAAAGGUCACUGAAAACAAACAAGAAUCUGACAAAAGUAACAAUUAUUUUAAAUACAGGAAAAAAAAACAGUUCAUUAUUUUUUAAAAAUCAUUCAUUUCCAUAUAACAAUUGUCAAAAAUAUGGAUGGAUUAAAAUCAGAUAACCGUUAAAAAAUUGGACGGACUAAAAAUGACAUUACGCUGGUUCUCUUUGAACAAUAUGUAUACAAUAAUGAAGAAAUGUGAAUCAACAAUAUUGCACUUGUGCUUUGGACGAUUAUUAUUUUUCAAAUGGACAGAAUAAAAUCAGUUUCAAUAUUGUAUUCAUAUUGAAAUGCAGCCUCUUGGAUGAUUCACAAUGCGCAAAAAUAAAUGCAUAAAAACAA